GCCAUGAGGGGAGAGAUGCGAGGGGGAAGAUGCCCGCCCUGAAGGGACGGAGCCUCUGGGGCGGUCGGUGAGGGCGGGCUUGAGGGGGAUCUCUCCUGGGGGAUUAGCGCGGGCCCCGUCUGCCCCAUCGCUGACGGCGACUUACCUUGGCAGUCGCCUCCCUCCCUCCCGGAGCCGGUGGCUUCGGCAGCGAGGGAGCGGAGCCGCCUCGCCCCUCCCCGGGGAAACUUUCCGGCACCGCCCGCGACAGGGCGACGUGGGCAGCAUUGGUGGCAAACUUGAGGGAGAGGACCCAGACUGCGCGCAGGGCUGUGAGCCGGGGAGCGGGUGAGUGCCAAGGAAUAAGGAGAACUUUGUAUUGUGAAUGACAUCCUGGGAGGAGAAAUAGAUAUGCUGCUAGAAUUUCUGUGGAUACCAAAGCUCAAAUCACAAUGCCAGUCUCAGGAUGCUUGAACAUCUGCAGCUAAUUACAGGACUUUAAAAAGAAAAUCAGCAUGGCCUAGUUGGCUUCACCUUUGGAAAACUUAUAAUGUCCUCUGGAACCAGUAUCAGCAAAAAUCGUCAGGCUCCGAGCCUGCAGGGUGUUGACCCAGAAACAUGCAUGAUAGUGUUUAGAACUCACUGGGCACAGGUUGUGAAGAUUUUAGAGAAGCAUGAUCCUUUGAAAAACACUCAGGCAAAGUAUGGGGCAAUUUCACCUGAUGAGGCCAGCACUGUUCAGAACUAUGUGGAGCACAUGCUUUUCUUGCUGAUUGAGGAGCAAGCAAAUGAUGCCUCAAUGGGGCCUAUUCUGGAGUUUGUGGUCUCAGAAAACAUCAUGGAGAAGCUUUUUCUUUGGAGCCUCCGGCGAGAGUUCACGGAUGAGACAAAAAUUGAGCAACUCAAAAUGUAUGAAAUGCUAGUAACCCAGUCUCAUCAACCUUUGCUGCAUCACAAGCCCAUCUUGAAGCCUUUGAUGAUGUUGCUGAGUUCCUGCUCAGGAACAGCCACUCCAACAGUGGAAACAGAGUUGGUUGUCCUCUUGAACCAGCUCUGCUCUACAAUAGCCAAAGAUCCCUCCAUUUUAGAACUGUUUUUUCACACCAGCGAGGACCAUGGAGCUGCCAAUUUCCUUAUAUUUUCCCUGCUGAUUCCCUUCAUCCACCGAGAAGGAACAGUAGGCCAACAGGCCCGUGACGCGCUGCUCUUCAUAAUGUCUCUGUCUGCAGAAAACAAUGUUGUUGCAAACCACAUAGCAGAAAACACCUACUUUUGCCCAGUGUUAGCAACAGGACUAAGUGGCCUCUAUUCAUCUUUGCCUACAAAGUUGGAAGAAAAUGGAGAAGAGUGGCACUGUCUGCUGAAAGAUGACUGGCUCUUGUCACCAGCCCUUGUACAGUUCAUGAAUUCCCUUGAGUUUUGCAAUGCCGUGAUACAGGUGGCACAUCCAUUGAUACGUAACCAGCUUGUCAAUUACAUUUACAAUGGAUUUUUGGUGCCAGUAAUGGCUCCUGCACUCCAUAAGCUAACUGUGGAAGAGGUGAUGACUACCACUGCAUACCUGGAUCUCUUUUUGCGUAGUGUUUCAGAACCAGCCCUCCUCAAGAUUUUCCUCCGGUUUAUUUUGCUGCACCGACAUGAGAAUGUGCACAUCCUAGAUACGCUUACUAGCCGAAUCAACACACCAUUCCGGCUCUGUGUGGUCUCCUUGGCAUUGUUCAGAACUCUCAUAGGCUUGCAUUGUGAAGAUGUGAUGUUACAGCUAGUUUUAAGGUAUCUGAUCCCAUGUAACCACAUGAUGUUGAGCCAGCGUUGUGCUGUGAAAGAGAGAGACUGUUACUCUGUGUCUGCUGCAAAACUGUUGGCCCUGACGCCAGUGUGUUGCUCCACUGGGAUCACCUUAACAUUUGAAAGCCAAGGAAAAGAUUAUAUUCUAUGGACAAAAGCAGCACGAACUGAAGACUCUGGUAGACGCUCUUCUGAAUCUACCUGCAUUGUGGAAUACGGAAGAGCUGUGGACCUCAGCUACUUGCAGUACCUGGGGGAAGCUCAAGAAGCCAUCCUUCAGUGCCUGAAAGAUUGUAAAGUUUGGUCUGCCUUUUAUGAUGGAGUAAACCCUGAUCCAGACACCUUUAUCCAAACACUUGCUGAGGAGAACAAUACAGAUGUGGAGCACCCCAUGUUUCGGCUCCAGCAAAGGACACCUAGCAUGUGUAGCUCCUCUCAAACAACUCCUUUUAGUGAGAAGAUGCAGUUGGAGCUAGAAUGGGAUGAUAGCUAUGACACAGGGAUUUCUCCUGGUUCUGAUGUGAGCUCACCACAACCGUAUGAUGAUCUGGGGAACACAGAGAUGCAGCCACCUGCAGAGCCACCAAAAUACAUCCAAGAAAUGAAAAAAAGUGCCAUCAUGCUCAUCAAAGGAUCUUAUAUAGAGGAAUCAGACUUUCAGGAUGAUAUUAUGGUUUACAGGUUAUGUGCCCAGAAGGAUACUCAAGAGGAUGACAACUCCAAGGAGAAAACUUUAAAUACAGCCAGAGAACGUAAGGUCCAAAGCCAGAAUGUAGUUAAUGGGCCUCUUGCAAAGAGCCAACUGGAAGCAGACUUGGAUGAGCACAGUAAGAGAAAUUCAAGCUUGACUCAAGGUGUAAUGAAAGAACAAAUAAACCACAAAACAAUUGAGAUUGAUCCACAGCCAGAAAAAGAGUUGAAGCUUUCUCAUCAAGAGGCAGAUCAUAACUUAAGUGUAAGACUGCUGGGCACAGAUGGUGAGGAUUUCAUUGCACAGUAUGACAAAAUUAUUAAGGAACUGGAUCCAAACAGUGCAAACUUGGAGGAGCAGCAGUUGGAUACUCCUGACCCUGUCUCUCCUGCAGAAGAGGAGGAGGACUUUGAGAAUUUCUCAGCAGACACCCCUUCUGCAGAGAGCGUGUCAUCUCCCUUUGGACCAAAGGAGGAUGUCUCUCCUAAGCAUGCUGCAAGGAGCCAGAGUGCUCCAUUUACAGGACCGUUCAUCAGCGUAGUGUUGUCAAAGCUGGAGAACAUGCUGGAGAAUUCCUUGCAUGUCAAUUUACUGCUUAUUGGCAUUAUUACUCAGCUGGCAAGUUACCCACAGCCUCUUCUUCGCUCCUUUCUGCUCAACACCAACAUGGUGUUCCAGCCUAGUGUGCGGUCACUUUAUCAGGUGCUGGCAUCUGUGAAAAAUAAAAUUGAACAUUUUGCUUCUGUUGAAAAGGACUUCCCAGGUCUUCUCCUAGAGGCCCAGCAGUACUUGCUUUUUCGUGUGGACAUGUCUGAUGCUGCCGAAGAGUUGCUAACCAAAGGUAAUAUCCAGCACAGCAGCAAUGCAGGGAAAGGAAAGAACUUCUCUGAAGCUUACCCAGCGGUACUCCAGCCUUUCCUGGUACAGAAAAGAAAGAAAGGCCUGGCUCAUCCCAGCCUUCCUGCACAUGUGAGGAAUGCCGUACUUGCAGCUGCCCUCUUCCCGGAGUUCUUGAAGGAGCUGGCAGCUCUUGCCCAGGAACAUUCCAUUUUAUGUUACAAAAUACUGGGGGACUUUGAGGAUUAUUAUUAGUGGGGUUUUAAAAUGUGUUUUUAAAAAAGCUUUUGGAGUUCAAACAGAUUUUUAAUGCAAAGCUGCUUACAAAAGAAGGUUGUACUUCAGUAAUUCCUGAAAAUACUUGAUUUGGAGGGGGAAGGAGGAGAGAUAAUGUUAUUCCAUGUUACUUUAUAUUAGGCCUUAUAAUUUCCCUCUGUGCUACGUAACUUAUUUCAGAGAUUUCUGCUACUGCUGCUACUGCAGGUCCCUGCUUUAUCUCCUCCUCUUUACCCAACCGCCUUCUUUAGUGUCGCUGAAUCCUGUUGAAUCUCUGUGAUGGACACUUGUUGGUUGGCUACAAGAGGCAAACAUUUUAGCUUUUUCUGUUCCAGAAAUUCUGUUCUGGAUAACUUGUUAGAAGAUGUUUGGAAGAACAUUGUCCCCUGGGGACAGUUCAGAGUAUAAAAACAUACUCAAAAUCUGCACAAAACCCCUUUAUGUGAAGGGUUGUGCUGCUUCAUGUGUUUCUCCUGUUCUUCCUUUCCUUUUCCCCUGAAAUAGGCUUCUUACCAGUCCACAUCUAAAGCCCCUUUUAACCAGCGGCUCUGGUUUAUUGAAUUCAAGUGAUCUUAUGUGUGUUAAACCCAUGACUAGCUGAAAGCAGGUGCUGGACCCUACACAUACCAUAUUGCCUUAUGUUACAGACAGAUCUGCAGCUAUCAGCUGUUGGUCUUUGAAGUCAAAUGAACUGUGUAAGUGGAUGUGGAUUGCAGACUGCCUGGAAUUCUCCUUGCAGUUUCUCAGCAUUCUUUGAUAACUACUACAUUGCUACCUAAACUCUCCAGCAUGCCUUAUUUAGUAAGAUUUGCACAAAGUACAAAACAAAAUGUUUCUAUGCAAGCUGUAAUUAGUAUGUAGUUUGGUUUUAUGCUUAUUUUAAUAAGCUAAAGAAAGGUAUUCAAUAUUUUUCAGUAGUAUUAGAAGGACAGCGAGCUGGUUUUUGUCGUUUUUUAAUGAAAAAGGUUGGCUUGCUCCUGAAAGCUGUUCUGUUUUAUUGUUAUGUUUUUAGUUAAGGGAAAGUUAAAUACUGUUUGUUUACUUUUAAUUUAGGUGUUGACUUUUCCUAAUAUUGCACUUUUGGGAUGGUGAGGGGAGGACCAGACUAUUCACCAGUUGUAGAAAGCGAAGGAGUAACAGGGAACACUGUCUGCUGGUGACUAACUGCUUGAGAAAAUUCUCUUCUGAGUAAUGGGCUUCAUUAGAAGAACCUAAACAUGAUGAAUUGGUGCAUCACCAUGGCAUUUUGUCUUAGCUUAGUAGCAUAAUUGUGCUUCCAGUGUGCUGUAGUUGGCUACAUAAAGAGGAACUUAGUUCAAGAAAGCCUUAAACCCCUUAGUCCAGGAAAGAAACUCAGUGACUCCAGGAAAUCUGAAGAAACAGAAAUCAGAAAUAAUAUUGGCAUAUCUUAGUUCUCCUCCUCACUGUAAUUACCCUGUAAUGUGGGACCCUCCACUUAAUCACAUCCUGAAUUCUGAAAUAUGCUUUCUCAGAGGCUGCAAGGGAAAAGAACACUUAAAAAACAAACGCACUCUAGCAGAGUCUAAUUAAUUACAGUUAAAUUCCUGUGGGAUCUGCAGUAUAAUUUAAGCUUCUAAAUCCUUUAGAUGCCUCUGCAAAGUUCUACCUUGAAUCUCCAAGCUGUGAGAUGCAUUCAUUGUGUCAAACUGCUGUAGGCUAUUCCAAGGAAAAAAGAUUAAUCCCAAAGUGUACCUCUAACAAAAUCCUCCAGAUCCUCUCCGAGUCCAUCUUCACCUGGUUGCUGUACAGUCUUCCUUCCAUCAUGGCUGGGGGUAAUGUUGCCUCCUAGCUGACUCUGCUUUUCUUUCACUUCUAACUUGUGGUGCCUAACUUUUUAGGCACCAUUGCAUCAGCAUCCUGUAAAUCACUUACUGGCCUCCACAUAGCCUGUUUCACAAACUUCUUUGGAAGCUGAAGCCAAGGCUCUGGGGUUUUUUCACAUCUUAGUUGUCAAAGUUUGAGAGCACUGUUUCUUAUCUCCCCUGCAUUGUUGCUGUAAAAGGCUAAAGGGCAAAUUAAGGUUUGGUUUUGUUUUUUUCCUUAAAACUUGUCCUGGGUCAUAGUGGGUUCUUUCCUUGCUCCCAUAUUCCUGCUCCCACUAUUAGCAGUAGCACUGUCUUUUGUGCUGAACUCACAGCGCUGUGUGUGAAAAGUGUUUUAGCUUUGUGGAUGCUGGGUCAGUGCUUGUUCUGCUCCUCGCCUAUUCAGGUAGGAGCAAUAGUCAAAGUACCAAGUAAAUGUGACUUUUAGAGGUUCGGAAACAAGUGCUAAAUUGCAGAAGGAAUCCAGUUCUUUUUCUGAAGGAGUUUUAAAAAAGGAAUGAAAAAGAAUUUUGAUUUUCUUUUUUGUUAAGAGAGAGUUCUGUAGCGCCGAGCUCAAGGCAGGAAGGUUACAGUGUGAACACUCCCUUCCCUUGGUUUUAUUCUAAAAUAAGAAUCUUUAUUUGCUGGGCAGAAGGGAUUUCUUUUGAGACUGUUAAUUUUAACUGGUGCUUUCAACAAAUGCACAAAGUCAUGGCAGUUUCAUCUCAGCAGGUCUAUUAAGCUACAUGGGGAUUUUAAAAUGUGGACUGCUCAAAAAAGCAUCUGUAAAUUUGAGGAAGCAGAGGAUUUACCUCAUAAGCUGCAGUAGAGCUUAUGCUCUACAUCCAGUAGGAUAAAUUGAGCCUUUGAAAUCUGGAGCUGUGUGGAAGGCUUCUUGCUGAAAGGUCAGAACUAUGUUUAUGUGCUGUGUCCCCUUGUGAAUGGGAGAUCUGUCUGUCAGCUCCCCAAAAGGAAGAGAUGGGUGACUGCAGUGACCCUGGCUCUGGGCUGGAAAAAAGGUGAUCGUAAGUGUAACUUCAUGUUGCUUGGUUCCUGAGUGGGAUCAGACCUGCAGCAAAAUCUAUGCAUAACAUCCAGCACCCAGCAAAAAUCAAUGUUGUCAGGAAUUGCAUCUUCCUGUCUUCAGGAACCUGUAAUUUAGCUUUAAAAGGUUGGUCUUUUGAGAUUAAUCACCCCUGCGUGCACAAGUUCUUCAGCCCAAUGCUUGUUUAAUGAGCUUUUCCCCUCCCGUUAGAUAAUGUGUAAUCCCAUCUCGUACCAGUGAUACACCUUAUUCUAAAAAGCCUCCAUGAUCCCAGUUGUGUAUCAGCCGGUAGAUCUCCAUGGUGGACGUGGUGUUACACUGCUCCUUCCAGGAGCGUGGAAAUGCAUGUGUAUGACUAGAGCAGUCCCUCUUCAACACGUUGUCUCAGCAUCAGUCGGAAGUGAGGUCUCCUGGCGUUGGCAGAUCUAUUCCAAAACCUGCAGGUGGUGGCUCAGUGAUACCAAAGUUAAUUUCCAAUCUCCUGCUCGAUGUUUCAUACUGCGGAUGCCACAUUUCCAGUGAUGUAGCCUUCGAGUGUGUUUUUAAGCUGUUCUGGUGCAGCAACAAGGCCUUCCAGCAAUCUCAACCUGCUAUUUUGGAUUGGUUUGUUUUUCAACCUGCCUAGAAAGGCAUCACUUUGUUUUCUAACAGUUGUAAUUGUUCGCUUGACCUUUGACCAUAUUUAAAUGACUUCUGGGUUAGUCUCAGCACACAGACACACAUGGGUUUUGUUAAUUGGACAACUGUCUAGGCAAUGACUAGGCAACUGUCAUUCAAAACAGGUUCAGUCAGCUGCACUUCAUGUGCUGGGUUCUUGACCCUGCUUACUGCCUCUUUAUGGCUGUAUUCUGGGCAUUUUCCUUACAGUUGAUCUUUUCCAUGUGUGCCCUGGAGAAAACUCUGGUAUUUCAAAUGAGAUCAAGUUGUUGGUGUUGCAGUUUUGUAUGUUCUGGUUUGGAUGUCCUUUUCUGUCCUGGGAACCUCCAACCUUGGUUUGGAAGAACAUGUGAGAGCUUCUCUUCUCAGCUGUAUUCUGUGGAAAUGAGAAAAUUCCCAGCGGUGGGCACAGGCUGUCCCUCCACCAGUGCACCCAGGUACAUCCUUCAGAGCAUCCAGUUCAUAAAUGACUUGAUUCCUCUUUCAUCGGGGUUUGUCACUUUGUAAGAAAUCUGACUUCUGUGGUGUCGUGGUGCCAUGCCUACCGAGUGUGUUUGCCUUUCAGAUGUGAUUUGAUCUUUUUAGUAAGGUGGGAGAAGAUGCAGUGUGGUGGGAGUGGAUCUUGGAUAUCAUCGGGGCUAUGCGUUGCAGUGGGAACAGAUUGCCUGAACAGCAUUUCUGCCAUCAGCGCCUCUCUAAUUGCUCUUUGGCCUGGGUACAAUGCCGAAGGGUCUGCUUACUCCUUCAGAGACAAACAUUUGCAAACAAAUGUACUGCAUCCCACAGAGCCCAAGGGUUUUGGUUCAAGAGGUUAAGUUCUAUUUACCAAGAGAAGUAUACCAUCUAGCACGGCGUGUAUACAUUCACUACCCUUUUGUGCUCUCUGCUUAGGCCUUGCAGAAGGUUUCGUGCUUCAGGAAGGGUUUUUAGCUCCUCUAAGCAGCUCUAAAUCCUCAGGGUUGGGAAGAAAAGGAUGAGGGUCGUGCGAUUUGGUGCAGUUAGAUUAUGUCCCUGUAUCAUUUGAAUUUGUAGCCACAGCUCCUGUUUGAGGGCAGCUUGAUUUAAUAAGCAAUUUACUGUGCUGUAUUUACUGAAGCGGCUAUGUCAUGCCUCCAGUUUUUAUGAUGGCUCCUAUUACAUUUGUAUCAUUUAAACUGCAGCUGUGGUUAUGAGUAGGAUACUGCGAUUUUCUUCUUUCUCGUCUUUUAGCUCUGACUGUUGCUACUGUGUCCAGACCUGAUUUAGAUAAUUACAGUGUGUUCUUCCUUGCACCUUUUGAGCAUUAUCAGCAGGAACAGAGGGUACAUGACACUCGGGCUGUGUAUGGUAAUGAGCAAACCAAAGGUAAAACACAGCAGAUGAGCAGGGGGCACUUAGGUCUGUGUGAAACACAGUGAGAACUUACAUUGGUGGUGCUCUCAUUUAUUGGAUACCAGAAAGAAUAAGCUCACAGGAAACUUGACAUCUGAGUGUGGCAGUGUCCUGUGGUAGCUGUCCUAGUGGGCAGCACUGCUAUUUCAUGGUUCAGGCCAGAACUGUGUGAAGAAGGGCAAAAAUUGCUCCUUGUCAGACUUAUAUAAAUAGGUGUUUGGCUAAAGGAGGGUGGUGCCAGCUGACUGGCCGCAGGCAGCCCCACAGUGCAGUGCUGUAUCAGUGAUUUUGCUGGCCGUGAAAG